UUUAACCCCACAAAACUCGAAAACCUUUUUCCCAUUUUCUCACUUUCCCUCUUCUUCUCCUUCCUCAAAGCUUUUCCCUCCCAUUUUUCUCUUUCCGCUUUCAAGCUUUUUUCCCUCUCUCAAAAAUGGGGAAAUACAUGAAGAAAUCCAAGAUUACUGGCGAUAUCAGUGUCAUGGAAGUCUCUAAGGCAACAGCUCCAGGUGUUCGAACCAGAGCCGCUAAAACCCUAGCCUUGAAGCGGCUUAAUUCCUCCGCCGCUGAUUCAGCUCUACCUAACGACUCUUCUUGCUAUCUUCAGCUCCGUAGCCGCCGUCUCGAGAAACCCUCGUCGCUGAUUGAACCGAAACAGCCGCCGAGAGCUCACAAAUCGGGAAUCAAAGAGUCUGGUUCAAGGUCUCGCGUUGACUCAGUUAACUCGGUUGACUCGGUUCCUGUAGCUCAGAGCUCUAAUGGAGAUGAAUGUUUUGAUAAUUUCGUGAGUGCCCAGGUUUCUUGUGGAGAGAACAGUUUCGAUUUUGAAUCAAGACACAGCACAAGAGAGAGCACGCCUUGUAACUUUGUUGAGGAUCUGGAGAUCAUGGUUACACCAGGGUCUAGCACAAGGUCGAUGCGCAGAGCAACCAAAGAGUACACAAGGGACCAAGAUAGCGUGAUCCCGACCACUAGUGAGUUGGAGGAGUUUUUUGCCUAUGCAGAGCAGCAACAACAGAGGCUAUUCAUGGAGAAGUACAACUUCGACAUUGUGAAUGAAAUCCCCCUCAGCGGACGAUACGAAUGGGUACAAGUCAAUCCAUGAAGUUCAAAAGGAAACAGCUCCAAAAGACAUGGUGUGAAGUAAAAGAACGUGAUGGAAUUAACAGACUAACCGAACAUCAAAAAUCGUGUAAUCUUAAGUAAUAAUGUGGUUAGAAAAACAACUUUGAAAGUAGCUUAGGGACCUUGAAAACCUCACACCAUUUGUACUACUAAUCUUCAGAUGCUUAGUGAAAUUUUCUCAUCUGUUUCUUUCAAGUGUU